AAACCCGAAGUGGCACCCUCAUCGAGUUACAAUUUUACAAGAGAAAAUCAAAAUAAAUUUAGACUUGGUCCUGGAAAACCCUCGUCUCGAUUUCUUUCUCGAUCUCGUAUUCUUGGUGAGACGAUGAGUUCCAAAAAGGCUGGUGGCUCGUCUUCUCCGGCAACUCGAAGGGACCCCUACGAGGUCCUCUCCGUAUCAAGAACCGCGUCUGAUCAAGAAAUCAAAUCCUCUUACAGAAAACUUGCGCUAAAGUAUCAUCCAGACAAGAAUGCCAACAACCCUGAUGCUUCCGAGCUUUUCAAGGAAGUCGCAUAUUCCUACAGCAUCUUGUCUGAUCCUGAAAAGAGAAGGCAAUACGACAAUGCAGGCUUUGAGGCCCUUGAUGCUGAUGGAAUGGACAUGGAAAUUGACUUGUCUAACCUCGGAACCGUUAACACCAUGUUUGCUGCUUUAUUCAGCAAGCUAGGUGUGCCUAUCAAGACCUCUGUAUCUGCCAAUGUUCUCGAGGAGGCUAUGAACGGAACUGUCACUGUGAGGCCCCUUCCCAUUGGAACAUCAGUCAGCGGGAAGGUGGAGAAGCAAUGCGCUCACUUUUUUGGAGUGACGAUAAGUGAACAACAAGCUGAGUCAGGUGUGGUUGUUAGAGUUACAUCAGCAGCACAAAGUAAAUUUAAGUUACUUUAUUUUGAGCAAGAUUCAAGUGGCGGCUAUGGAUUGGCCUUACAGGAAGAGAGUGAGAAAACAGGCAAGGUGACGUCAGCUGGCAUGUAUUUCUUACAUUUCCAAGUCUAUAGAAUGGAUUCUACUAUCAAUGCGUUAGCUGUAGCCAAAGACCCUGAAUCUGCUUUCUUUAAGCGGUUGGAAGGUCUUCAACCUUGUGAGGUUUCAGAACUGAAAGCUGGCACUCAUAUCUUUGCAGUUUAUGGUGAUAACUUUUUCAAGACUGCAUCCUACACAAUUGAGGCACUCUGUGCCAAGACCUACGAGGACACAACAGAGAAUUUGAAGGAGAUUGAAGCUCAGAUUUUAAGAAAGAGAAACGAUCUGCGGCAGUUUGAAACAGAGUACCGAAAAGCUUUGGCGCGGUUUCAAGAAGUAACCAACAGAUAUACACAGGAGAAGCAAACGGUGGAUGAACUUCUAAAGCAACGGGAUUCAAUCCAUUCCUCUUUCUCUGUGGUGAAGACACCAAGCGGUAGCAACUUGAGCAAUGGAAGUAGCAGCAAAGCUCAGGGAGAUGAAUCUAAAGGCGAUGGGGCUAGUGUGGGUGAAGAAGGCGGAUCAGAGAGUAGAGACAAAUCGAAGAGAAAAUGGUUCAACUUAAACCUAAAAGGAUCUGAUAAGAAGGUUGGUUGACCAGACCUCACUUUAAACGCAGAUUUGUUGUGUCAUUGUUUUAUUCGUUAAAACAGAUGUGUCCCUGGGGGGUUGCUCUAUGUGUAGGCAUAUAUAUAUAUAUGUUCAUCAGAAUGGUUUGUUGAUAGAGAGAUGCAAAAGCAUAACUUGAGGGUGGUUUUGAAAUGUAUGCAAUGCAUCAUUGAUU